UCUGACGCAACGGUCACGUGAUGAUGCGUACAGUGUACUGGCACGCUGCUGUUGAAGCUAAAAUGAUGGCCAUAUUGAGAUAUUAAGGUCAGUUAUAGUAAUUUCCAAAUCAGAGGCUCAUGACAUGAAUGUGUCUGCUACUGGGACUUUAUUAUUAAGGUCGCAAUGUACUCAUCGCGGGACGAAGGCGCUUCCACUGAUCAUCUUCACCUGUAGCCGCUUGCACAACACUGGACAAGCACCCAAACAAGCUAACCAAACGAAGAGGGCCAGCUUUAGCCCCUCCUCCAGCUCAAAGCAUGACUGGAUUGGCCCGGCAGACCGCCUGUCAAACCUGCGGCCAAUCAUCUACCACAUACCUGAGAAUGAAACUCCCUUGGAGCGAAGACUCAGGCACCUGCGGCAGGAGACCGAAGACUGGAACCAUCAGUUCUGGGCCAAUCAGAACAUCACGUUCAACAAGAAGGACGACUACGUGCUGACGCAGCUGCAGGCCAAAGGCCAGACGGAGCGAGAUGAGAAAGGGAAGCCGCGCACUCUGUCCAGUGAGGAAAUGGCGGUGUUCUACAAACACUUCCUGGACAAGAACUUCAAAAGGCAUGCCGACUACAACAGAGAAUGGUACAAGCGGAACUUCACCAUCACGCUGCUGAUGGCACGUGUGGCUCUAAUCAGGACCUGGAGACGGCUGAGGGGGGGCGGACCUGCUGCCUGAACCACACACACACACACACACACACACACACACACACACGCUAGCCCAUCUACACAUUCUGUAUGAACAGCCCCUGCCAACCCACCAAGGAACCGCUCUGUAUGACGCUUCACUCCUGUCCAAUGAGAAUGCAUUUGAAGAAGUUUGAAGAACAAGGAAAAACGAGAUGUCGGAACAGCUGCCCAGACCCGCAUCGCCCGUCAACGUGUGUGUGUGUGUGUGUGUGUGUGUGUGUGUGUGUGUGUGUGUGUGUGUGUGUGUGUGUGUGUGUGUGUGUGUGUGUGUGUGUGUGUGUGUGUGUGUGUGUGUGUGUGUGUGUGUGUGUGUGUGUCCUUCUGCAGCCCUUCUGGCUGGAGGCCUUUUGCAUGUUUGACUGUCAGAUGACAGAUAUGCUGAUAUGCUUGAGUUGACUCAGAUAUGUCACCUGAGUGUGUGUGUGUGUACCUGAGUGUGUGUGUACCUGAGAGUGUGUGUGUGUACCUGAGUGUGUGUGUGUGCCUGAGUGUGUGUGUGUG